AUGGCUGAUACGAACACAGACUCUGGGACUUCCAGUCACAAAAUUGUUGAAAACUCUAACAAGGAUGUCUACAUGAUCUUUGGUGUUAUCUUUAUUGUUAUGGGACUUCUUGCUUCUCUGGGAAACACUGUUAUCCUUUACGUUGUCAAAAGGGAUCCUCUGAAGUGCCUUAAUAAACCGACAAACGUCUUCAACAUCGCAUUAACUAUAACACACGUCUUGGUGGGAAUGAUAGUGUCACCGUUUACUGGCAUUUUAAGUAUUCUCCGAGGACAUAACCCUGAAAACCCUCUUCCUUCGGCGGUGAUCCAUCUGGAGGCUUUCAUGCAAGAUUUCAUUAUUGGAACUGCCACAUUGUGUUUAUGUGCCAUAUCAACUGAACGAUGUACAGCCGUACUCCACCCACACUUAAACAAAAGGUGGUUUACACUACAGCGAGCAAAAAUCGUUAGCGUUACAGCAGCGGUUACUUGUUUCGGGUUUUGCUCGCUGCUGUUCCUCGACAUAUCGAAAACGUUGUUCUACAUGAUCUACCUCCACGUAUUUAUUAUCCUCCCAGUCUGUGGAAUCCUCAUAUCGUGCACGGCAAGGCUGAGAAAUUUUAAGAAGCAAGCCCGUGUCUCGGUUAUCAAUAGUGGGUUACCAGUCGCUCAGAUAUUUGCCAGCGAAUCAAGAAAGAGAAAUUCUCAGAUGGUUUACAAAUUGUUGGUGACUUUAUUCAGUGUUUUGCUACCAGUUUUAUUGUCCUUGUUUCUGUUUUACGCCGUGAAGUUUAUGGAAGUAACGUGUGAUGAUUGUAUCACGAAGCGAUGGUUCAUAGUUUUAAAUAGUACGAGUUUAGUUUUGUUAUUUUUGAGUAGCGUUUUCAACCCUGUUUUAAUCCUGAGGCGUAUAGCUGAAUACUCUCGGUCAAUUAGACACAUUCUCAGGCAGAUCCGGUAACUAAUUAAAAGGAAGCAUAUUCUUUCACUAUUUAAGGAAAUGUUUCAUAAAAUACUUUAACUCCGUGUAAAUAUGUACUAGAGCUGUAACACUCA